AUGUCUGCUGAAGCCACCACCUCCCCCGCCCCCGUCGAGGGUGAUGUCAACGGUGUCCCCGAGGUCAACGGCGCUGCCGCUGCCCCUACCACCACCGAGGGCGGUGCCGCCGACGACGCCAACCAGCCUCACUCGGCUUCGCUCUACGUUGGUGAGCUCGAUUUCUCUGUGACCGAGGCCAUGCUCUAUGAGCUGUUUUCCUCUAUUGGUCAGGUCGCCUCUAUCCGUGUCUGCCGUGACGCUGUUACUCGUCGUUCCCUUGGCUACGCCUAUGUGAACUACAACAACACAGCGGACGGUGAGCGCGCUUUGGAGGAUCUGAACUACACCCUCAUCAAGGGCAAGCCCUGCCGUAUCAUGUGGUCCCAGCGUGACCCUGCUUUGCGCAAGACUGGCCAGGGCAACGUUUUCAUCAAGAACUUGGACAAUGCCAUUGACAACAAGGCUCUCCACGACACCUUCGCUGCCUUUGGUAACAUUCUCAGUUGCAAGGUUGCCCAAGAUGAGUUCGCCAUGUCCAAGGGCUACGGUUUCGUGCACUACGAGACUGCUGAGGCUGCCAACAACGCUAUCAAGCACGUUAACGGUAUGUUGCUGAACGACAAGAAGGUCUUCGUCGGUCACCACGUCUCCAAGAAGGACCGCCAGAGCAAGUUCGAGGAGAUGAAGGCCAACUUCACCAACAUCUACAUUAAGAACGUUGACCUGGAGAUUUCUGACGAGGAGUUCCGUACUAUCUUCGACAAGUUCGGUGACAUCACCUCUGCCACUAUCACCCGUGACAACGACGGCAAGAGCCGUGGCUUUGGAUUCGUGAACUACACCACCCACGAGAGCGCCAAUGCCGCUGUCGAGGAAAUGCACGACAAGGAAGUGAAGGGCCAGAAGCUCUUCGUCACUCGCGCCCAGAAGAAGCACGAGCGUGAGGAGGAGCUGCGCAAGCAGUACGAGGCUGCUCGUCUCGAGAAGGCCUCUAAGUACCAGGGUGUUAACCUUUACGUCAAGAACCUUACUGAUGACGUUGAUGAUGAGAAGCUCCGCGAGCUCUUCAGCGCUUACGGCACCAUCACCUCUGCCAAGGUUAUGCGUGACAGCCUCGGUGAGCGUAGCCCCACCCCCGAAUCCGACAAGGAGAAGGAGGCCACUAAGGAGGCCGAGCCCAAGGAGGAGGCCGAGUCUUCCGAGGAGAAGACCGCCGAGGAGAAGGAGGUCUCUGAGGAAGAGACCGACAAGACCGAGAAGAAGCAGCACCUCACCAAGAGCCGUGGCUUCGGUUUCGUCUGCUUCAGCAGCCCUGAUGAGGCUUCCAAGGCUGUUACUGAGAUGAACCAGCGCAUGGUCAACAACAAGCCCCUUUACGUUGCUCUUGCCCAGCGCAAGGAUGUCCGUCGCAGCCAGCUUGAGGCCAGCAUCCAGGCCCGUAACACCAUCCGCCAGCAGCAAGCCGCUGCUGCUGCUGGUAUGCCCCAGCCCUACAUGCAGCCCGCUGUCUUCUACCCCGGCCAGCAGGGCUUCAUUCCCGGUGGCCAGCCCCGUGGCAUGUUCACUCCCCAGCCUGGUAUGGUCAUGGGUGGUAUCCCUGGUGGCCGUCCCGGCCAGUACCCUCCUUUCCCUCAGCAGGGUGGUCGUGGUAUGGUUCCUAACCAGCAGAUUCCCCCUAACUUCCAGGGCAUGCCCAUGGGCCCCGGUGGUAUGCCUGGCUACCCCAUGCAGGUUCCUGCCUUUGGCCGUGGCGCUGGUGGCCGUGGUCAGGUCCCCGGUAUGCCCAUGGGUGGCAUGCGUGGCGGUCCCGGCUUUGGCCGCGGUGGUCCUCACAUGGGCCGUGGUCGUGGUCAGCCUGCUCCCGCUGGUCCUCCCGGUCAGGAGGCCCCCGCUGGAAGCCUUGUUGCUCAAAUUAGCGCUGCUCCCCCCGUUCAGCAGAAGCAGAUGCUCGGCGAGGCUCUCUACCCCAAGAUCCAGGCCAUGCAGCCCGAGCUUGCUGGUAAGAUUACUGGUAUGCUUUUGGAGAUGGAUGCCAGCGAGCUCCUUGGAUUGCUCGAUGAUGAGGAGGCUCUCCGCGCGAAGGUCGAGGAGGCUCUCAAUGUUUAUGAUGAGUACAUGAAGAACAAGGGUACCGAGGGUGAGGCCACUGGCGAGUCUAAGCCCAAGGAGGCCGUCAAGGAGGAGGCUUCCUCAGAGGAGAACAAGUCUUAA